GCGCUGAUCCGCACCCGGCUUCACAUCAAGACAUGGUUGUCAAGUCUUUGGUGGCUCUGUUAGGCGUCUAUCUAUUUUUCCUAACUGAACGGCUGACAAUCUUGUUUCAAAACACCAAAUCCAGACGGAAGAUGAAACGCCAGUGGUCCGCUUCCGCUGAUCACCGCCGUUCGCACGAUCACCUUGACAAAGACGGAAAGCCCAAUUCUCUUGACCAGGUAACCGGUGGCGACCAGUGGGCAGUAAAGCUUGACAGUCCAGAUGCUACUAACAAUGCGAUGCGUGCAAACUUUUCUGAAGGCCUCAACAGUUCUCCCGAUGGAUCCUCUUCCACUCCUUUUGAAGAAAAUCGCUUGUGCAUUCGUCCUACAGAGCGCCCCAUGAACAACGCGCGUUGCGAAGGCCAUCUGAAUGAUAACAGCCACUUCCGUGCGGUACUCUCUCCGUCCAAGGAUACCGGCAUGAAGAAGAAAGAUUCCUCUGAUGGCGCCGUCCAUUUUUGGCCUACGACGAUUUACAAUAGCGCAGAGAACGAGACAGGUACAAAGGAUCCUAACGGCAGCGGCGCUGCUCCGUCAUUGGAAAAGGCACUUUUGCCGCCAAUCACUCCGGCCACAUCACUUGAGAGCUUAUCACACGUAAUGAACGCGCACUCUACGCAUGUAAAAGUAGAACAGGUUAUCCAAGAUGGCAAGGCGAUAAACGAGGUGGCUCGGAUCAGUUCGCACAGCACCGGCUCCGAAGCCGCGCACCCCCAUCGCGACAAACCCCACGGUCAUCAUCACGGACACAGCCAUGAUUUGAGCUCGGUACGUGCCAUUGCGUACACUGUCAUAGUUGGCGAUGGGCUGCACAAUUUUUGUGAUGGAAUAGCUGUGGGCGCUGCGUUCGCAAACAGUCUACGUGGCGGUCUGUCAACUUCGAUAGCGGUUCUCUGUCACGAGCUUCCACAUGAAUUGGGUGACUUUGCCGUGCUUCUCCACGCUGGGAUGUCGGUCAAGGCAGCAUUGUUUUACAACUUCCUCUCUGGCCUCUUGUGCGCGGUCGGAGCUGCCAUCGGACUUGUGCUCGGACAAACCGAAAACAUCGACAGCUGGCUAUUUAUGCUGGCUGCCGGCAUGUUUGUGUACAUCGCGUUGGUGGACAUGGUGAGUGCAUUCCAUCACGCCUCCCUAUCCCUUGGAAGCGAUGCCCUAACAAUCUAG